AUGGAUUUUCAGCAGGUCGGCACUGACCCAAUAUCAUUCAACACAAGUAUCACACGCGUUAAUGCAAGGCCUCUGAUUCAUACAUCUAGAAAAAUCCAAAGAAUUUUCAGUAUUAAAGCAGAUGAAAAAGAUGAAGUCGAAAUGAACAUUGAUUGCCCAUUUCCAGAAGAAGUGUUUCAGUUGUUUGCACUGAUGUCAGCUCAAGACAGACCAGAAUUUAAGAUACAUAAUGUUUUUAAAAUUUUAUGCGUUGCAGAUUACUUUGAAAACUAUGAACUCAAGCAAAAAGCAAUGGAAUUCGCCAGAAAACAAGUUGAACCUCAAUACUGCGUUGAAAUUUUCAAUCAUUACGUUAAAAUUAACUGGAGAUGGCUAGAACCAUUUUAUGAAUUGUUCGCACUUGACAUUACAAAGUACAUUGAAAGAGAAGACUUUGCACUGAUAGAUAUUAAUCAUUUAGUUAGAAUUCUCCAUAGAAAUGAAAUUCAACAAUUGCCUCCAGAAACAAUCACUAGAUUUGCAAUAGCAGAAAUAGAAAGGUACAAACGUCCUGAUGCCGUCAAAAUGAUUAACUUUACAACACUUGAUGAACGAAAUAUCAGAAAAAUUUCAGAACUUUUACAGAACCAUGGCUUCAAAGGUCAUGCAUACAUGGUAUAUUCCAUCCUUAAGAUGAGAAAAUCAUAUCCUACUGACAAUAUUCCUACACAGCUCUUACUUAAGUGCCCAUUCAAAGGUAAUUACUUUAAUGGUAUUUUUUCAAGCCUCAAAGAGACCACGAAGUCUAAAAAUCUUAUUCUUGAUGGAAUUAUUUCAUUUAAUUCGAGUUCAAAUGAUCCAUUGUCAAUUGUCGUUCCUUUAGCACAAAGAAAGUGGUGUUCAUCGGAUAGAAAAGAAUGUAGUAUCAUGUUCAACCUCCAGAAGUGUCGUGCUGUCGUUACUGGUUAUCGUAUCAGAUCAUCUUAUGACAGAUUCCCUCUUGGCUGGAAAGUUGAAGGCUCUACGGAUGGUGGAGAUAGUUGGUAUUUGAUUGACGCUAAGAAAGACUGUUAUGAUAUCGCAGAACCAAAUAAAACUAAAAUUUAUAACAUUGAUGCUUCAUAUAUUGAAGAAUUCAAUGUUAUAAGGAUCACACAAACCCAACCUAAUAUCGAAGGUACCAACGUUUUUGCUUUAAACCAUUUCGAUAUUUACGGUACAUUAAUAACAGGAACAGAAUCCGAAACUUUUGGUAUUAAUGAAGACAUGGUAUAUAAUAAUGCUAUAUUAUCUUCUUUAAAUGAGCGAAACAUGCUUUUGGCGACAUCAUCUGCAAAUUCUCCACAUUUACUCUUAGAAUACUAUAGAUUUGAACCUUGGCAAUCCAUGGAAGAAGAUGAAAAUCCAGCUCUUACAUUUGAUUUCAAGUCUCAUAGAGUAAAUUUAAUCGGUUACCUUUUGAGAACUUCAAAUCUCCCUGCGAACGGUGGAAAUCCAAUAUCAUGGGAUUUCCUUGUUGGAGAUACUCUUGAAACAAUGAGAGUUGUCCAUUCUGUUAGAGAUAAUUAUAAUCUUGACUCUCCUUACUUCUUCAUGUAUUUCUCAAUUGCCAAUCCAAUCAAUAGAUACUUUAGAUAUGUCCAAUUUAAGAUGAUUGGUCCAAAUUCAAUUGGAACAAACAUGUUAACUCUCGAUGCAAUAGAAUUCUACGGAGACCUCUUAACUUCAAUGGGUGAAGAGAGAUGUAUGAAAUAA